AAUAUAAGUAGGAUAGAUUUUUCGCUGUUAGAUUUCCCAAUAAGAUACUUUUUUUUGAAAAUUUUUAUUUCUUUUCUCUUGAUUUUUGUCUUUUUUAUUAAUAAUAAACAAUGGUCCAAAUUGAAAUCUCAAAAGAUUUUGGAUAUGUCGUUUCUACCGGGUUUGCAUCGGUAAUUUUGGUAACUUAUCUUGGAUUUAAAGUAGGACAAGCACGAAGACUUGCUGGAUAUCCCUAUCCUUAUGUUUAUGCAACAAAAGAAGAAUGUGAGAAAGAUCAAAAGAAGUUGCUCUUUAAUUGUUAUCAAAGAGUUCAUCAGAAUACUUUGGAAUUCUAUCCUGCAUUUCUUUUCACACUUGUUGCUGGUGGAAUUAAACAUCCAAUCCUUUCUUCUGUUGCCGGUGGAAUUUGGAUAUUAGGUCGAAUAUUUUUUGCUUCGGGUUAUUAUACUGGUGAACCAAAGAAAAGAACAAGAGGUUUCUUUGGGUAUAUCGGUUCAUUGAUUUUAUUCGGUACUACAAUUUCUAGUGCCAUUUCUUUAUUGAGCAGUUAAAUCAAGCUUUAGUUAAUUUGAAUUUUUAAUUGAAUUAUUAUCUAUAUUUAUAAAUAUAUAUAUAUGUAUUUUCAAAUUUCAAUAAA